AUUACUCUCAAAUUCUUGUACCUGAAUCACACUAAGCCAGAAAUUUAUUACUGUGAAGUUCAGCUUGAUUCUACGACAGUACCUCCGUCAUGGACUCACACGAGUUUGAUCAUGGUAUGCAGCAGGUGCACGAUGGGUUCGAGGAAAUGGCAGACGCCUUCGAUCCUCAUGGCCAACACGGAGAGCACGCUGAUCACCAUGAUCCUCACGGACACGGAGGCCAUCACGACCCACAUGGCCAAGGUGACCACCACGGCCAUGGAGGUCACCACGAUCCUCACGGAGGCGGAGAAGGCGACGAUCAUGAUGCUCAUGAUCCCCACGGUCACGGCGGACAGCACGAUCCCCAUGGCCAUGGAGGCCAGCACGACAUGCACGGCCAUGGAGGUCACCAUGAUCCACACGGUCACGGUGGUGAUCAUGAGUCUGGUGAGCAUUGUGGCGAAGAGGAAGAUUGGGAUGAAGGAUGCGAGGAUGACCAAGGAGAAUAUGGAGAUGAAGGUGAUGAACAUGGCUAUGGGCAUGGCCAUGGGCACGGCCACGGCCACGACGACUACUAGGAACAUGAGCGAGAGAUGCUGUACAGGGGACACUUAAUCUCCUUACCGCACUUAUGGAAUCUCGACUGGAAGCAUGUUGUUUUGUCAAGACUGUACGUUCUGUAUAAGAGUCCGAAUCGUUUCCUACAGAGGAUGUGUAGCUUGGGUUGGGCAUUAUAAAGAGAUUUAUGACUCGGUCGAGAUACAAAAUGAUCGUUGCGUUGAUUUCCUCUAAUUUGAUAGAAUAUGAAGACACAGC